CAAUUCGCUUUACACCUUUUACGCUAAUAUGAAAACAUAUAUAAACUUAGCUGCAAAGUGUUUGGUGCUAAAAAUUAAUUAUCGCUAAUAUAGUUAAUUGUUUCACAGCGGAUUUGACUCAGUCGAAAAGCAGACGAUCUUAUAAGUGCUAAAGCCAGGUUCAGAAGCUCUGUUACAUCGAAAAUUGGCCAGAACUUAAUUGUGAUUGGGCUUUGCGUUUCGUUUCCAAUAAGAAAAAACUGAUUGAGACGAUUUUGUUGCAGGCCAGGUGUUUCAUGAUUUGUCGUGUUCAUUUUUCUUGGCUGCAACUCAAACACAGACACACACACACACACACACACACACACAAUACACUUGCAUUUCCGUUACAACAUUUCGGAUCGCUGUCAAUUUCCGAGCUCGCAUGCAAACGAAGGUCACGGUAGACAACAACAAUAUUGUAUAGAAUCGUACGAACAAUUUGAAAUAAACGUUUUUGGAUGCCCCGCACACGUGAUCAUCGGCAGUGAUUUAUGUUUGCUUUACACAAGUGUGUAAAUUGCAAUGCACUGACAGCAUUACUUCUCAAAUGAUAAAUUCUCUCACCGAAUAAUUAACGGAAAUGCGAAAUUUAAAUUUUUAAGGCAUCAGUCGAUUAUAUAAGCAGCGCACACACACGCGCGUAAUUUGAUUUUGUGCGAGAGCGUAGUAAGUACUUAAUUGGCAGCGAAAAUAAUUUUGGAAUGACUUUCAGUUCAUAGUGGAUGCCCUUACAUAUGUAUGUACAUACAUUCGCACACGCAUAUUUACGUACAUCAUGGGCGUUUGACGACUUAUGUUUCUGCGCAAGCGAGCCUCCGCCAUUUUAUUUUUUAUUUCUAAUAGCUCAGGGAUUUAUGUGUCCAUUCGAUGCUCUUGAACUCCGACGGCGCACUGAUGGAUCCUCAAACUUUUCUUCGCUUAAGCAUUGUAAAUUUCAAAUACCGGCCAAAAAUGGGUUUAAGCGACCCAAUAAAGUUUUUGGUUAAGAAAUUAGCUGCAAACUGUUAAUUGCACAAGCCAAUACAAACGCACAUAUGUAUGUACAUGCUUGAAGCGGGUGUUUUGUGACGUGUUUGCCCACACUGCUUUUUAGAUAAAGCAAAAAUAAUAGGAAAUAUUUCAACAAACUUACAUAAAUGGAAAAAUAAAUACAAAUAAAUGCUUCUACAUUUGCUGAUAGCAACGUAGGCUUUUUGUGUUUGGCGCCAUUUGCAUGAACGCCCUGUGCUUGCAUAAGCCAAAACGCAUUCACAAUGGUUUUUGUUUUUAAAGUGUGCACACACUGAACUAAUUGGAAACGCCACACAAGAAAUAAGAUUUAAAAACUUUGAGUGUGUACACAUUGUAUAUUGUGCCAAUUGUAACACGAUUUUUACCGCGUUUUUUAUGCAACGUCCGUAUUCCGUUUAACGCUUUUGGUCAGACUAGUUACAAAAAGAAAAUGAGCGCUGCUAAUGAAGAACCAAAGCCGGCUAAACGCCCCACACCCCCAACAAUAGGCACUCAUAACGGAACGUUUCACUGUGACGAGGUAGUUGCCUGUUUUAUGCUAAAACAAUUGCCCGAAUAUGAGAAUGCCGAAAUAUUUCGCAGUCGGGACGAAAAGGCAUUGCGUGAGAAAUGCGAUAUAAUUGUAGAUGUGGGCGGCAUCUUUGACCACGAGAAGAAAUGGUACGAUCAUCAUCAGCUGACUUUUAAGGAAACCUUCAGCACGGUGCUCCCGGAACUGGACGACGAAUUUGACAUAAGACUGAGCAGCGCGGGCCUAAUUUACUGCUUCUAUGGCGAGCGUGUGAUACAAAGUAUAUUACAACGCGAGAGAAAUGUGCAAUUAUCCACGAAAAAUUUAAAGCUUGCAUUUUUGCAAAUCUAUCGGAAUUUUAUCAGCGAGCUGGAUGCCAUCGACAAUGGCGUGCCCAUGUUUGAGGGUGGCGAGCCACGCUAUAAGAUAUCGACACAUCUGUCGGCACGCAUUAGCAAAAUGAAUCCCUCGUGGCAGGAAACAGGCGUUGAUAGCGAGCAGCGCUUCCAUACGGCCAUGACUGUAGCUGGCAAGGAAUUUGUUGAGAACGUGCUAGAAGUGGCCUGCUCUUGGAUUGCGGCGCGGGAAUAUGUCCGUCAGGCACUGGAGCAAGCCAAAUCGGUGCAUGCAAGCGGUGAAAUACUUCUCCUAGAAAGAUUCUGUCCGUGGAAAGUACAUUUGAACGAUUUGGAAAAGGAAUAUGGCGUGGAAGGUGUGCCCAAGUUGGUUAUCUUCAAUGAGGGUGCCAACUGGCGUGUUGCAGGUGUGCCCGUAACGCCAAGCAGUUUCCUUGGUCGCAAGUUCUUGCCCACACAUUGGCGGGGUCUUCGUGAUGAGGAGCUGUGCCAGAAGGCUGGGACUAACGAUCUAUUAUUUGUGCAUCACACAGGCUUCAUUGGUGGUGCCAAGACAAAAGAGGCUGCGCUGGCCAUGGCACAGAAAAGCAUAGAGUUUGUCGACGAGAACACGGCUUAAAUCAAUAUGCAAUAAACUAGGUCAUUU